UUCGUUUAUACACCACACCGUCACAACACGGACAAACAUUUAUUUGACUCCGAACGAUAGGUCGUGAGUCGUGAUGUUGUGGUACGAAAACGUUGCCUGUUAGUAAUUAGAAUUCAUUUGUUUAGUGUGCAGCAGAUUUCUACGAUUUUUACUGUGACCACCAGUGCUAACAAUUAUGGGUGAAACAACAUCCACACCGAUUAAAACCGUUGCACAUGGACAUUGUUCAUUUAAUGUACGGGAAAACGCAUGGACGAUACCAUUGGCCGGAAAUGCGUUCAUCACCGCAUGCGAUCCUAAUCACACCGAAGUAAUAACCGAUUAUGGUCUGGGCAAUUGGAUGUCACCGGAAACUGUUACGAAUAUCUAUUUUCAUGUGUCCGAAAGCUGUGAAGCACAACUGGCUCUACGACUGAAAGUGCCGUUCGGAACGAGCACCAUCAAAGUUACCCUAAAGUGUGCGGACAACGUGACCCAUCACGAAGUAAUUUUAAAAGAUCUUACGGGAUCUGAGUACCAUACCGUAACAAUCGGAAACUAUCCACUGUGUAAAGUGGGGUACAUGAAACUGGAACUGAAAGGUGUUCACACGACUGGCGGUUUCUUUGCCGACGUUUCGGAUUUGAUGAUUCAAUGUCUGCAUGAGAUUCGGUGCGUUGCAGAUGAUUUUUAUUUUGGACGGAGAGGACCAUCCAUUCAUUUGAAGUAUCAGCUGCCUUGCAAUAAAAAUAUUUCCUAUUUUUACAAUGAAAUCAUUGUACCGCAAGGAGAGGAUGCAAUUGGUGCCUAUUUUUGUGCAGCCGGUUUCGAUGGAGGAUAUUUCGGUAUACAAGUGAAUAGCACGACGGAAAGGAGAAUACUGUUUUCGAUCUGGUCACCGUACAAUACAGACAAUCCUGCGUGUAUCCCUGACGAGUACAAAGUGCGUCUGAGCAGAAAAGGCGACAAUGUCUAUGUGGGUGAAUUCGGCAAUGAAGGAUCGGGCGGGCAAUCCUUUCUGAGAUACAACUGGAAACCGGAAACCAAAUACAAAUUUCUUGUCAAUGCCACACCAUCGCCCAGUGACAGGCACACACAGUUUACCGCUUGGUUCUGGUCACCGGACCAACAUCACUGGAUGUUGAUUGCAAGCUUUGUGCGACCGAUGGACUGUUUAUUUCUGCGAAAUUUGUACUCCUUCUCGGAGAAUUUCCUACCCGAAACGGGUCACAUCUGUCGAAUGGCUCGUUUCGGUAAUCAAUGGAUUCGGGAUUGUCAUCAGAAUUGGCAUGAGAUCACAGCAGCUCAGCUCACGGGUGAUGCUACAUCUGAACGGAAUCGACAAGAUUUUGCCGGCGGUGUUGUUGAGUCGGAUUUUUACUUGAAAAAUUGCGGAUUUUUUAAUGCAACGGUAGAACUGAAUCAAAACUUCGAACGAUGCAGCAAUAACACCGAGCCGUUUAUUGAUUUUCAUACGCUACCGUGAUCUCUUCGUUUCUCGUCGUGCGUACGCAUUCUUAUUAUGUUUUUAGCAUUUUGAUAGCAAAAUAAAAAUUAAUUUCAAAUUCAAUCUA